CUGUAAUCGCCGAACGGCGGAUUUCCAAAUGCUGUUGCCGGAAAAGCUCCUCGUUCAUCGCAGAAUCGUCAUGCUGGCUGCUCAUCUGACUACUUCCAUUCAUGCCUUCAAAUCGGCAGCUGAGAAGACACCUAGCGGCUUCCCAUUCAUAUCAGAGACUGCAUACGAGCUGGUCCCUUUCUUCGCUGUAAUGGUGCACGGCGUGUACGGUGGACCCAACUUCGCGUUGAAGUUGUCCCCCGCCGAUGACUGCUUGAAUGAACGUUUGAAGACCCGCUGACCGAUGUCGAAUGUAGGUACAACAGGUAAAGCCCAUUCAGAAGAAGAAGGCUCAAUGAUGUCAUCUCUCAGCAACAAGUCCACGGCACGGUGUAUUCUACGCUGGAUCUCCGGACUCCAGGGGUACGGAUUUUUCCUGACUGGAUCCGCUCCUUGGAACUCCUCCUUCAGCUCGAUUUUGUGCUCAAUGAGCCCCGUUUUGCCGAGAUUUCCAGGACUCGCUAAUCUGGUCGUCACCCUCGUCGAGCGUCUCGACACUCUGGUAAACCGACGGACGGAUUCCAAACUUCUGCCAAAAAUCGUAUCCUAGGAUACAACGACGUUUUAGAUCUGGAGCAAUCAAAACAGGUAAGAUCUUCGUCUCUUCAUUGAAUGUAAUUGGUACAUCUGCACAACCUACGACGUUCAUCUGCUGUCCCGCAGCUGUCUUCAAUGACACUGCUGACUCUCUCACCUUCAGUCCUAAUGAAUGGAUCAAUUUUUCUCCUCCUUUGCCAAGAACAGUUCUUGCUGCUCCGCUAUCUAACAAUCCUACGACGGUAAUACCCAGAAAC